AUGGUUUUCAGAGACAGUCUGCUUUCCGCAGGGAUAUUUGGCCAGCGAUUAGAGGACACGGUGCUGUAUGAGAAAAAGUUGGGCCCCCGGCUGGCCCCCCUGCUGGUGGAGCAGUGUGUGGACUUCAUCAGGGAGAGGGGCUUGGAUGAGGAGGGUCUUUUCCGAAUGCCGGGGCAGGCCAACCUGGUCAAAGAGCUGCAGGAGGCUUUCGACUGUGGCGACAAGCCUCUUUUUGACAGUAACACGGACGUUCACACGGUGGCGUCCUUGAUGAAGUUGUACCUGCGAGAGCUGCCUGAACCUGUCAUUCCCUUCUGCAAAUAUGAAGACUUUCUAACAUGCGCACAGCUUUUGGCCAAAGAUGAGGAGGAGGGGGUUCAGGAGCUUGGAAAGCAAGUUAACACACUACCUCUGCCGAACUACAAUCUCCUCAAGUACAUAUGCAAAUUCCUUGAUGAAGUCCAAUCUCACUGUAAUGAAAACAAGAUGAGUGUUCAGAACCUCGCCACAGUGUUCGGACCCAAUAUCCUUCGACCCAAGAUGGAAGACCCAGUGACCAUCAUGGAGGGUACCUCUUUAGUCCAGCACCUAAUGACGGUCCUCAUCAGGGAACACAACCGUUUGUACUCAGGGAGGGACCAGGAGGGCCUCAACGUACCCCAAGUGGAGCAUCCCUUUCAGGGACAUCAGCUCCACAACCGCAGCCUCGGUGCCUGGAUCUCUGAAGAAGACCUGCAGAGCUGCCCCGUCCCCAACCCCGAACAAGAACUGGACAGCAGCGCCUCGUCGCUCGAUGCUAAACUGUGUGCUGCCGUCACGCCCACGCAGACCCCGAACCCCGUCCCAAAAUUAGGUCAUUCUUCGACGAAAGCCGACACGGUGGUCAGUCCUAGUAAACAAGCCAAGAGCUUACCUUCUUGGAAGUACACUUUUAAAAGCUCCUCCGCGCCUCGUUCUCAGCCGCAGGCUAAGCAGAGCGGAUCGGUGCCAGACCCAAGCGGCGUGUCCUCUGGGGGAGGAAGUAGUAACUGGCUGAUGAACGGUUUGUCCUCUUUGAGGGGCCACAGGCGCACGUCCUCAGGUGAAAGGUCAACACGCGACCGGGACUCAACAGGCUCCUCCCAGAGACUUUCCACCUACGACAACGUCACGUCCUCCUCCAGCAUGGGAAGUGUCCAGAGUGUGGCCAGCACACCCUGGUCUACUUCCUCCUGCGAGAUCUCGGCGCCCGAAUCUGGAAGCGGCGAGCAGAACUGCGGAGUCGUGAGUGAAAGCGGAGAUAAAGCGGAGUGGACGGACGCUCCGAGGGAGGCGGCGCGAGGACGGGACGGGGAUGUGAGCGCAGAUCCCGGCUCUGAGCGGGACAGCUGCGAGGCCAUGGAGCUGUGCAGCAGCAGCGCCGCCUGCAGCGAGAACGGCAACGUGAGCACGGCCGCCGGAGUUCCAUCCAUCGUCACGUCUGAGGAUGGGGACGGGACUGAGGUCUCGCUGGGCAGUCUGGUGGACGGCCUGAAGGACCAGCUUCACAAACAGAAGGCUGCCUACGAGGCCAGGAUCCAAAAGUUGGAGGAGUCCAGCGCUGCCUUGUGUGCACACCUGGAGCGUCUGGAGCAGGCGAUGGAGCAGGAGAAGAAGAGGCAGCGCAUGCUGGAGAUCAAACUACGGAACUCUGAGCGCGCUCGCGAGGACGCCGAGAACCGCAACAAGCUCCUGGAGAAAGAAAUGGAGGAUUUCUUUGCUACUCUCGGGGAUCUGACCACGACGACGAGGACCAGCGAUAUUUGACAGGCGGGUCGGCAACCCGGGUUUGUCUUAAAGGACUCAUGUCUUUGUUGGGAAGAAGAGAAGAAGUUUGUAAGCAAACAAAAAGGUGAGCUCAUUCAAGCGACCAAACUGAAGCACGUAAAAUGAGUUAUUUCUGCAAUUUGGACACCAUGAGGUGUGCGUUACAAGAUGGACGUUCAUUGUGAGUCCAGCAGAGAGGUGUGGAGUAGAAGGAGCAGUUUUAUCCUAAGAGUGGAGCUUGCACUGCAGAUAGAAGUUCCUCUACUCCAACAUGCAACUCUCUGCUGGCUCCUCAGGCUCUUCCAGUGCCUCUCUGGUCACAUGACUUCCUCCGUGUCUUACGACUUGGCAGCCAUGUUGACUCGUGGCACCCGAAGCUAAACACUGCCCUUAAAAAGAAAACCUGUCUCUUCCUGGUUGUGCCUUCAGGGAACUAUUUUGUCUUUUAAAUAUUACGAAAGAAGAAAGCGGCAAACAGAAAGCGACUCCCUCAGAACACACGUCCUGUUUUUGUGUACGUGAAGAAAAGUGCCGAUGACCAACAACUUAGAAGGUGCCAAUUAUUGUGAAAGUGAAGAAUGUAUUCUAGUAGUGAAUGUAACUAACAAUGUUCAAGGUCGGCCAUUCAAUUGUCCUUAGAGCAGGGGUCGGCAACCCAAAAUGUUGAAAGAGCCACAUUGGACCAAAAAUACAAAAACAAAUCUGUCUGGAGCCGCAACAAAUUAGAAGCCAUAAUACAAACAGAUAGUGUGUCAUGAGAUAUACAUUGAAUUAAGAUGACUUAAAGGAAACUAAAUGAGCUCAAAUAUAGCUACAAAUGAGGCAUAAUGAUGCAAUAUGUACAUACAGCUAGCCUAAAUAGCAUGUUAGCAUCGAUUAGCUUGCAGUCAUGCAGUGACCAAAUAUGUCUGAUUAUCACUCCACACAAGUCAAUAACAUCAACAAAACUCACCUUUGUGUAUUCACGCACAACGUUAAAAGUUUGGCGGACAAAAUGAGACAGAAAAAGAAGUGGCAUAAAACACGUCCUAGAAAGUCGGAGAAAGUUAUACAUUGUAAACAAACUAAGGUGAGUUCAAGGACCGCCAAAAUUAGUAGGACAAAACGGCGCUCGCCAAAUACUCGAAUCAGUGAAGCAUGUUUAAUACAAACAGUGUGCAUUAUAACAAUUAGGGAGGUUUGUGUCAUGUUUGUCCUCCUACAGUAACCAUAUUAAAACAAAAAAUAUAUAUUUUUUCCCCUCAUCUUUUUCCAUUUUUCAUACAUUUUUGAAAAAGCUUCAGAGAGCCACUAGGGCGGCGCUAAAGAGCCGCAUGCGGCUCUAGAGCCGCGGGUUGCCGACCCCUGCCUUAGAGCGAUGCAUGCUGGGAAAAAAAGGGCCCAACAAAUGAAAAUGUGCUUAUUUUUAUUUCAUUCACUUUAGAAAGACGUUUUGUCUUUGACUACUACCACUAAGAAGCAAUUCCAUAGAAAGACAACCCAAAAAUAUCAACUUUUGUUUUUGCUCCCAUUUC